AUGACAAUAAAGGUGACAGAAAUUUACGAGAUGUCAAGUAUAGAAAGCCUCUUUCAUGAGCGAGUAGCCCAUGAUUGUUCUAAUACUAGUGAGCAAGUGAUCGUCGUUUACAUUAGUUCAGCGGCUGAGGAGAAUUCUUGGCUCCAGAAGUGGUUCAAACCAGCAAAUCUCAGCGACGAGGAGCGGGAAAACAUACUUUGGGUAAAGUUGGUAAAUGGUACCAAAGAGUGCUUACUUUUCAAGAGCAUUUUUCCCUCCUCAUCUGCACCAAGUAUUAAUAUACUGCAGAACGGUCUGCUCGAAUGUUCCAUUCAAGGUAAUAGCCUUUCUCGCGAGCAGGAUCCUUGGGAAACUUUUAUUAAUGGGCUACAGUCAGUCUUUAAGGGUCAAACAACAAAAAGAAAGUUAUUUUCCAAGAGCGAUGAAGAGUAUCAAAGGGUGAAAAGAAUGAUUCAGAAUGACAAGUUAGAGAGGAAGUACGUGUUUCAAAAUACUAACGACACUAAAAGAAAAGUACAGAAAUGGAAACAAUUGACAGUCACUGAUAAUGUUAGCUACAAGAGCCAAAAGGGGUUUCUCGCGCAGAAUUAUUGUACUCUACAAUUGAAACUGCCUAAUGGUUACACAAUCUCGAAUACGUUUCCUUCCCAGACGAAACUACACAAAGUAAGAAUGUGGUUAGACUAUAAUUGCUACGACGAUGGAACCCCUUACCUCUUCCACAGAAAUGUACCAAGAGUGACUCUUACGCAAAAUGACGAACUGAAAAGUUUGCAAGAGCUGGAUUUGUUGCCCAGAUCAACACUUAUCUUGGAGCCGCUGGAAGUCAAUAACAAAAAAUUUGACUACAUGGAGCAGUCUUCCCUUCUGCAUAAGGUUUACUCAGGUUUGACAUCUUUUUGGGCAAAAGAACCGGAAGCGGAUGCCUCUUCCGCUCAUCUUGGUUACCAGAGAUUGGGUACAAACGUGUCACACAGCACAAACUAUACCUUACAGAAACUAUCUAGCUUAGACAUGGUUUCGGAUGGGGGAGGAGGUGGUGACUCAAUGGCACCUUCAGCAUAUACUACCCCAAGGAUGUAUCCUUCUAAUGGCGCUUCUCAAUUACGACAAAACGUAUCUGAAUUAAACUUAUCUUCCAACAAUUCUGCAUCUAAUACCAAAGUUCGUACUUUAGGUUACUCUAAUAAUAGUAAUAAUAGCGGCAACAAUUAA